AUGUCUUCUCUUCCUCAACCUACUAAUGUCAGUGGUGUCAAGGCUGACCCUAAAUUUUUGAGAGAUCCUUCUGCAUUGGAAUCAAUUUCGUCAGCUCUAUAUGAGUUGUCUUCUUAUGUAGCUUAUUCUAUUCCAACAUCUCUUACCUCGUUACGUAAGACUACUACAAACCCUACAAAUGACUUUAAAUCGCCAAUAAAUUAUCAUAAAGGCCAUUUAUCGCAUCAAUUUGCCGGCGAUAUGGAGUCUGUGCCUGACGGACAUUUUGAGAAAAAACGGGAUGUGAUCACAUAUGCGGCAUUCGAUGAAAUUCUGAUAUGUUCUAAUGAUGCUUAUAAAAGUCCAAUACCUAAUCCGCGCCAAACGUCUAAAGAUGUCCUUGACAAGUAUGCAGAAGUUCGUCCAUUGAUUGGAAUAGUUUGCAUAUUGACACCACCGCGAGAAAAUGAUACAUUCCCAAAACCCAAAAGUGUGUUAAAAUUUUUUUCAUUAAAGACACAUAAAAUAAUCAAAUCAAUGGAAUUCGAGAAUGAUGGCAAUAUAAGCAGCCUAAAUUGUAAUGAACGAGUUAUUGUUGUGAGUCUUGUUAAUCCGGCAAAACUUCAUGUUAUUUCGUCACCAACUCUGGCGCCAUUGCCUUUUUCACCGUUGCAAGAUGUUGCAACGCAUCCUUCUACCCGGGUUCCGGUGUUCGCCUUAGGACCUCGAUUGUUGGCUUAUGCAACAACAAGCCAUCCUCCAGAAAAUAAUGGUAAAAAGGAUGGCUAUGUGAUGAGUGACAGCGAUGAGGAGAUUAGAGCAACCGGAAAAAAGUAUCAAGUUGCCAAGGGUGUUGCAAAAGAAGUUGUUAAUGGUGUAAAAUUGUUAGGUGAUUAUGGAUACCAGACACUUUCUUCGUACUUUAAUAACUCAAACCCACAGACUUCCGCAUCAAUAAAACCGCAACCCACUAUGCCUAUAAAUAUCAACAAUCACGCCGAUGCGAUGGGUCAUGUGUUUCCAACGCAGACUAGUCCAUCUAAUGGAUAUUAUUACAACCCAAGGGUUGGAAGUAGCAAUGGGGAAAAUAGUAAUGGAGUAAGUUUAAAUGGUAUGGAGAAUGACAAAGAGAACGGUGCUGUUGGAGCGUCAAAUAUUAUUGUUUAUUUUUCACCGCACACCAAUCCUGUUGGAUAUUUAUCAUUUAGCCCAUCAGGAACAUUUUUGCUUUCGACAUCAGUUCAAGGUCAUCAAUUUCAUGUGUUUGAAAUUAUUGGUAAACGUCGUCGAGGCAGAAACGGCAAAAGUUUGAAACAUGUGUAUCAACUAUCUAGGGGUUAUACAAAUGCUAUGAUUGGAGAUGGAGGCGUGGGUUGGAGUGACGACUCUAGAUGGUGUGCUGUAGCUAGUGGGCGUGGAACUAUUCAUUUAUUUGCAAUCAAUCCUUAUGGCGGUCCUGCUCAUGUACCUUCUCAUAUCGCAGGAUGGGUUAAUAAUGUAGAUGAAUCGUAUAAAUUAACUACGCAAUCAGCUGUGAUUCGUAUUAAGCCACGUACACCUCUGCCAUCAGAUACCACUGAUGUUAUUGAUGGUAAUUUACAGGGUACAAAUGUACACAUUAAUAAUUAUGAAUAUUCCUUUCCAUCUACAGAAACCAAUACAAUUCCUAUUGAUCAACCACAUCCAAGUCAAUUACACCGCGGAAAUUCAAACGGUCUUUAUACACAAUCUCAUUCAUGGUCUCAAAAUUAUACUUCAAACAACACAUCUAAUUAUCUUGAAUUUGAGACUCAUAAUAAUAAAAAUGAUAUUGGUUAUCAAGAUUUGUGGAGUUUUCAUCCUGCUGGCAUAUUGACACUGCAUCGUGUGUGGGUUGAGGGAGUAACACCCGAUCAAGCUCUUAAUCAAGGAACCAAAGAUGAUACAAAUAAUGGUAAUAGUAUAAUUACGAUUGGUAAUACACCAUUAGUAGGAAACGUAGCAGCAGUUGCUAAUGUUGGUAGAGCGUUAGUCGGUAGUGCUGCAGGUGUUGUAGGCAUGGGAAUGGAAAUUGCAACUGGUGCUGUUAGGAAAAAAGCAAACUCACUAGAUAUGGACAUAAGUUACGAAGAUGUUGCUGAAUGGCAACUAAUUCGCGACACUACUUGGGCAGAAGUGAAAAAUGUCAUUGAAGCACCAAAACAAUGUAAUAUUGAAAACGAAACUAUAGCUAAAAAAGAAAGUGAUAAAAAAAAAUGGCUUGCAAAUGCAGAAAUUAUAACUUACACCAAUUCCAAAAUAUCCUUGCCUCCACCAUUGUGGGCAACACCACAAUUUACUUUUCAAACUUUUUUGCCUGGUUAUAAAGAUGCUAUAAACAAAGGAGAAGUACCUAGAUCCAAAAAGAUAGAAAUACGAAGGGACAUUGUAGAAAGAAUAGAACCAAGUGAUGGGUUAGAUGGAUUUAAUGGAUUGAUGAAUAAUGAAGAAGGUAUUAAUAAAUAUCGAAAUGAUAUCAGAACCGGUAAAGCGGUUCUUAUUCCAGCCGGCAAAGCUAUUGGUAAAGGUACAGGAGAUAUGUCAGCAAAUCUAUCAACAGCAAUGUGUACUUCACUUGAUUUUACAUCAUCUAGUCCGACACUUUCUGCCGUUAACAUUAAAUCUAGAGACCGUAUGUCAAACGGUAUCUCUAAUGGAUACACAAGUUCAAAGACUACGGAUGAUGUGUGUAAGUUAAAAACUACAACACCUUUAUCUUUUGAGGAUGCAUACCAUAUUCACAUUGCAAAUAAUAUUCCUACCAUAGCAGCGUCAAAAUUCACAACAUUGAAUAAUAAGAGCAAUGUUUCAUUGGGAUUUUCAAAUUAUUCUACAUUGAUUCAGCAGCCAUAUUCAUCUGGUACUCAGUCGAACUCAUCAUCUUCCGAGGCAUCUGAAACUACAUACAGUGAUAAUACUGAAGAAUCAGAUUAUAGAGUGAAUAAUUUAAGCGAAAAAGAUGGAAACUUUUUCUUUUCGCCUGAUGGAGAUAAUGAAGUAGAAUUACCUACUGAUAGCAUUACAUUGCCUCGUAAAUAG